UUACACAUUUAAACCCCAACCAGAACUAAAAACACACACAAAUAUGGAGAGCAACUCAGGCGGCGAAGACACCGUAGCAACCAUCAAAUCAAUUCGGACCCAACUCGAAACCCGAAUCCAAGACCAACAUGCCACCCACCUCGACCUCCUUGCCUCCCUCCAAACUCUGGAUCCUAACAUCGUUCCCACCCUCGAUCUUUCCCUCCGUUUCGUCUCCGCCUUCAACCGCCGCCCUUUCUCUCCCACUCCUCCACUCCCCACGCCUAAAAAGAUCUCCCACCCGCCCCAACACCCGCCCAACCACUCCGUACCCGACCCGAAACAGCUCGCCCUUGUUAAACCUGAAGGAGGCGACAAGUUCGCUGACGAGAGCGGCAACCCAUUGUCGGUGAUGAGAGCCAUGGUGGCUGAGUGUUUACUUCAGAGAGUACCGUUUAAAGCGAUCGAUUCGUCUACGGUUUUGAGGAAGUUAGAGAACGACGAGAAUAUAACUACGGCGGAGAAGGCUGCGAUGCGUGAACUGGGAGGCGAUUCUGGGGCCAUUGUCGCGGUGGAAAUGGCUUUGAGGUCAAUGGCGGAGGAUAACGGCGGCCUUGAGAUCGAAGAGUUUGUGGUCGGCGGCAAAAGCAGAGUUAUGGUACUUAGCAUCGACCGAACAUGGUUAGUUCGAGAAUUACCCGAAGAACCUCAAAAUCAUCAAAAAAGAGAAAGGAUAAACAACGUUAACGAAAGUGAGAACUUGAAAAUGAAUAGUAACAGCAAUAACGAGUGGCUAGCACCGAGACAAAUGAGUGAAAUUUGGAUGGGAGGGGGAGACCCUGGCAUGAUGUAUCCGCCGGGUGGCCCAAUGGCAGGCCCUAGAGGUCGGGGAAUGGGGAUGAUGGGAAGGCCACCGAUGGCACCAAACAGUGGCCUUUUGCCGUCACAGAGACAGAGUACUGAGGAAGAUGAUUUGAAGGAUUUGGAAGCUUUGUUGAAUAAGAAAUCGUUUAAGGAAAUGCAGAAAUCAAAGACGGGUGAGGAGAUUUUGAACAUCAUUAAUCGCCCAACUGCUAGGGAAACAGCUGUGGCUGCUAAGUUUAAAAGCAAAGGAGGUUCUCAAGUGAGGGAGUAUUGUUCAGCUUUAACCAAGGAGGAUUGUCGAAGACAAUCUGGCUCAUUUCUUGCCUGUAAGAAGGUGCAUUUUAAGCGGAUAAUUGCUCCUCAUACAGACAUCAGUUUAGGGGAUUGUUCAUUUCUAGAUACCUGCCGGCAUAUGAAGACUUGCAAAUAUGUCCACUACGAGCUUGACCAAACACAAGAUGAUCUUGGUCCUGAGAAACCUUUGAAGCCUCCACGUGCUGAGUAUUGUUCGGAAGUGGAAUUAGGUGAACCACAAUGGAUUAAUUGUGAUAUCAGGAAUUUUAGAAUGGACAUUUUGGGGCAGUUUGGUGUUAUCAUGGCAGAUCCACCAUGGGAUAUUCAUAUGGAGUUACCUUAUGGAACAAUGGCUGAUGAUGAGAUGCGCAACCUUAACGUUCCUGCAUUGCAGACUGAUGGUCUGAUAUUCCUUUGGGUCACUGGACGUGCAAUGGAGCUAGGACGGGAAUGUUUGGAACAAUGGGGUUACAAACGGUGUGAGGAGAUUAUUUGGGUGAAAACAAAUCAACUUCAGCGAAUAAUUAGAACAGGAAGAACAGGUCAUUGGUUAAAUCAUAGUAAGGAGCAUUGCCUUGUAGGAAUCAAGGGAAAUCCAGAAAUAAAUAAGAACAUUGAUACCGAUGUCAUUGUUGCUGAGGUUCGAGAGACUAGUCGCAAGCCAGAUGAGAUGUACCCUAUGCUGGAGAGGAUCAGUCCAAGGACAAGGAAGCUUGAACUAUUUGCUCGCAUGCAUAAUACUCAUGCAGGAUGGAUAUCGCUUGGGAAUCAGUUAAAUGGAGUUAGACUGGUUGAUGAAGGCCUAAGAGCAAGGUACAAGGCUGCCUACCCACAUGUAGAAGUACAACCUCUCUCUCCUCCCAAAGCGUCUGCCAUGGAAAUAGACUCUACUUCUGCUAGAAGUCCCUUUGCAACAGAGUCAAGAUCACAAUUUGCGGAUCCAGCUGCUCCCGAUGCAGGCCAUGCUCCCGAAGAGAGGGCAAUGGCUGUAGAUACUGAUAUGACCACCUGAAAACCUGACCUACCUUGGUUAAUUCCCAGAUACUAGUUCAAGGGCCGAUGUACCAUUACUUAAUAGUUCUUUUGUUUCAUUUGUAAUGAUUUUACUGUAUCAGUCCCAUUUUACUGUUUUUAGUUAAUUUUUGACUCGGGUUCAUUUGUAAUGAUUUUCUGUCAAACAUCGAAUUAUUAGUUUCAGUCUAUUGUAAUGUUUUUAUCUGACUUGAUAUGAUACCUACCCUCGAAUAGUUGAAA